AUGGAGAAAAUAGUCAUACGUCCAAACCCCUUGGGUAAAGAUCGGGAUUACAACAGGUACUGGUGGUUCCGUAGCAAUGGGAGGAUAUUUGUAGAGGAUUCUGAUUCCAAAGAAUGGGGAUAUUAUACCUCCAAGGAAGAGCUCGAUGCGCUGAUGGGAUCACUAAACCGUAAAGGAGAGAGGGAACUGUCUUUACACAUACAGCUGGAGAACUUCUAUGACAGAAUAUGCUCCACACUACAAAAGAGGACAAAGGACAUUGCUCACAACAUAGAAAUGGAAGAAGCAGUGGUUAGGAGAUCUACUCGUGUACGAGCUCCACUUCAUGAAAAUCCAGCUAGUGCCUUCAUGAGAUAUGUUAACAAGUGGAAAGAGGACUAA